AGCACAUUCAUAAGCCGCGUGUUCUUCUUCCGACACUAACUCGAUCCUCAAAGUACUUCCAUCGGUGUGUAAUAUAAAUGAGAGCGAGAGACUCAUAUGUUGAUACGAGAGUGUAAAAAAUGGCGGCGAUGUUUUUAGCUAAGAGAGGAGCCAUAAACAUAUACAGAGCUUCUUCAUUACACAAGGAUUACAACAACAGUGCUCGAUCGGUUGCUGAUGGCGUCAUUACCAUCACAAGCUCUCGUUACUUCACAUCCGAAGGAAACAAGGGAAGAGAUAAUUCAAAGGAAGAGGCGAUGGGGACAACCACAGAUGGUAAAGCUCCGAAUGUGACGUUGAGUCAUGCAGCGGAUACAGCCAAAGAUGGACUGAAACGAGCCACCGAUGCAGCCAUCAAGAAGAGUGGAAAUGCAAGCAAACCGAAUAAAGAUAAUACUGGUCAGGAGAAUGUAGCUGUGGGUGAAGAUGGAACUGUCAAAGGCCAAAAUCAGUCAUCAGGAUGACAAUAUAUGUUUGCUAUUCAGACUUCGUUAUAAGAUAAUCAAUUCCUAAUGAAAUGGAUGUUAGUCUGAAACUCUUAUGUGAGAUUAUUUAUGUAGAAAACCAUGUUAUCUUUUUUUUCUCCCCAUAUGACACUAGUGUGAUUGCUAUUCA